UUGCUUUUUUCUUUUUUUUUUAAAAAAAUUCUGAGGCUUAGCUCUCCUGGUUCCAUGUAAGCAUCUACCGUGGAAGGAGCAAUAAAAAAAUAAAAAUAAAUAAAAAAAUUACAUGGGACUAAGAAGAGAAAGGGUGGUAAGUGAGGUGUGAGGUAAAGGAAAGUAAUGCAUGCUAAUAUGCUAUUGCUACAACUUUUUAGCUUAAAGAGUAACCAACCUGGCAUUUCUUCAGCUUUUUUAGUUUCCCUUUAGAACAUUCAUUUCUGUUCUCUGAGCCUCUUUCCAUCCUCUAUCUUCUAGUAACUAUCUUGUUAGGAUCGGUUUGGCUUGGUUCAGUUCGGCUCGGAUUGCUCUGAUUUUCAUGAAAAGCAGAAUUUAGCAUAAUGGGAACGCCUGUGAAUAUCAUCGUCGGAUCACAUGUUUGGGUUGAGGAUCCUGAGAUUUCAUGGAUUGAUGGUGUGGUGACAGAAAUCCAUGGCAAAAAUGCUACCAUCGUUACUUCAAAUGGAAGAACUGUGGUGGCAGAGAUUUCGAGUAUUUAUCCGAAAGAUACAGAAGCGCCAGCAGCAGGAGUUGAUGACAUGACAAAGCUGGCAUACCUCCAUGAGCCAGGAGUCCUUCAUAACCUUGCCAUUCGUUUUUCUCUUAACGAGAUAUAUACAUAUACAGGGAAUAUCUUAAUUGCAGUGAAUCCUUUUCGACGACUGCCACACUUGUAUGAUAUCCAUAUGAUGGAGCAAUACAAAGGAGCAGCAUUUGGAGAGCUUAGCCCUCACCUUUUCGCCGUUGCCGACACCUGCUACAGGGCAAUGAUAAAUGAAAGUAGAAGCCAGUCCAUUCUGGUGAGUGGAGAGAGUGGAGCUGGUAAAACAGAAACCACCAAAAUGUUAAUGAGAUAUCUAGCAUUCAUGGGAGGAAGAUCAGGUACGGAAGGAAGAACGGUAGAACAACAGGUUUUGGAGUCCAAUCCAGUGUUAGAAGCAUUUGGAAAUGCCAAAACUGUCAAAAAUAACAAUUCAAGUCGUUUCGGCAAAUUCGUAGAAAUCCAAUUCGACAAGAAUGGGAAAAUUUCUGGAGCUGCAAUUCGAACAUAUCUCCUAGAAAGGUCACGAGUAUGCCAAGUGUCCGACCCGGAGAGAAACUAUCACUGCUUUUACAUGCUUUGUUCAGCACCACCAGAGGAUGUCAAGAAGUACAAGUUGGGGAAUCCAAAGCAAUUCCACUAUCUUAAUCAAUCAAACUGUUAUGAAGUUUCAAAUGUAGAUGAUGCAAAAGAAUACUUGGAGACCAGAAAUGCAAUGGAUAUUGUAGGAAUCAACCAGGAAGAACAGGAUGCUAUCUUUCGUGUGGUCGCCGCAAUCCUCCACCUUGGUAACAUUGACUUUGUCAAAGGGACUGAAGUUGAUUCUUCCAAACUGAAAGAUGAAAAAUCACUCUUCCACCUUCGGACAGCUGCAGAGUUGUUCAUGUGUGAUGAGAAAGCAUUAGAGGACUCACUUUGCAAGCGUGUCAUUGUUACUCCUGAUGGCAAUAUUACAAAACCACUCGACCCGGACUCGGCUUCUUUGAGCCGAGAUGCUUUGUCAAAGACGGUUUACUCCAAACUGUUUGAUUGGAUUGUUGACAAGAUUAACAGUUCAAUUGGUCAAGACUCCAAUGCAGUAAGCAUAAUAGGAGUCCUUGAUAUUUAUGGGUUUGAGAGCUUCAAAAUCAACAGUUUUGAGCAACUAUGCAUCAACCUAACGAACGAGAAGUUGCAACAACAUUUCAACCAGCAUGUAUUCAAGAUGGAGCAAGAAGAGUACACCAAAGAGGAAAUCAAUUGGAGCUAUGUUGAAUUUGUGGAUAAUCAAGAUGUUCUUGAUCUUAUUGAGAAGAAACCUGGGGGAAUAAUUGCUCUUCUUGAUGAAGCAUGCAUGUUCCCCAAGUCAACUCAUGAGACUUUUGCACAAAAGAUGUACCAGACAUAUAAAGCACACAAGCGCUUCAGCAAACCAAAACUUUCUCGGACAAACUUCACAAUUAACCAUUAUGCUGGAGAUGUCACAUAUCAAGCAGAUUAUUUCCUUGAUAAAAAUAAAGAUUACGUAGUAGCGGAGCAUCAAGCUCUUUUAUGUGCAUCCAAGUGCUCAUUUGUUGCAAAUCUUUUCCCUCCUUUACCUGACGAAACAUCAAAGCAAUCAAAAUUCUCUUCCAUUGGUUCUCAGUUUAAGCAACAACUACAAUCUCUCAUGGAGACACUGAACACAACAGAACCACAUUACAUAAGGUGUGUGAAGCCAAAUACAGUCUUGCAGCCAGGAAUCUUUGAGAACUUCAAUGUCCUAAAUCAGUUAAGAUGUGGAGGAGUACUUGAGGCGAUAAGGAUUAGUUGUGCCGGAUAUCCAACAAAAAGAACAUUUGAAGAGUUCCUUGACCGUUUUGGAAUGCUAGCUCCGGAUGUCCUUGAUGGGUCGGAUGAGAAAAAGGCAGCUAUUGCCAUAUGUGAUAAGAUGGGAUUAACAGGCUACCAAAUGGGGAAAACAAAGGUAUUCCUCAGAGCUGGACAGAUGGCCGAAUUAGAUGCACGAAGAGCUGAAGUCUUAGCCAAAGCAGCAAGACUCAUACAGAGACAAAUCCGUACACAUUUAACAAGAAAAGAGUUUAUCACCUUGAGAAAUGCUACAAUUCAUAUCCAGAAAAUUUGGAGAGCAAAACUUGCACGUGAACUCUAUGAAUAUAUGAGGCGAGAAGCAGCCUCAAUCAGGAUACAGAAGCAUGUGCGUGCACAUAGAGCAAGAAUGAAUUACACAUCAUUACAAGGAUGUUCUAUAGUAAUUCAAUCUGGAAUGAGAGCAUUAGCCGCACGAAAUGAAUUUAGGUACCGAAGACAAACGAAGGCUUCAAUCAAACUUCAGACACAAUGGAGAAGAGUUCAAGCUCUUUCUGAUUACAAACAACAAAAGAGAGCAGCUAUUAUAUUUCAGUGUCUCUGGAGAGCCAGAGUAGCUAGAAGAGAGCUCAGAAAGCUUCGGAUAGCUGCAAGGGAUACUGGAGCACUUAAGGAAGCAAAGGACAAGUUGGAGAAGCGUGUUGAGGAGCUUACAUGGAGAUUAGACAUCGAAAAACACAUGAGGGUUGACCUUGAAGAAGCUAAAGGACAAGAGAUUGCAAAACUACAAAACACUUUACAAGAAAUACAAGGUCAGCUAGAUGAAGCCCGCGCUGCAAUUAUUCAUGAAAGAGAAGCAGCAAAACUAGCAAUUGAGCAAGCACCACCAGUAAUUAAAGAGGUUCCUGUUGUGGACAACACAAAGCUAGAGUUACUAACAAAUAAAAAUGAGGAGCUGGUGACUGAAGUAGAGGAGUUGAAGAAGAAGAUUAAAGAAUUUGAAGAAAAGUGCUCAGCAAUUGAAAAUGAGAAUCAAGCUAGGAUUAAAGAGGCAGAAGAAGCACAACUAAAAGCAACACAACUUCAAGAGACUAUUGAAAGAUUGGAAGUGAGCCUGUCCAACCUCGAAACUGAAAAUCAAGUGCUAUGCCAGCAGGCAUUGGUAGAAUCAAAAAAUGAAGAUCUUUCUGAAGAGAUCAAAAUCCUAAAGGAUCAGAUAGCAAACCUAGAAUCAGAGAAUGAACGCCUGCGGGACCAGGCAGAAACAGCUGCCAUGGAGCAGAAAGUUCACCCAGAUAUAAUAGCAACAAACCAGGAAAUUUCUGCUGAUCAACACGAACAACAUAUCCAACAAAGAAUUGUAGCAGAUAAUGUGACUCCACAAAUCAAGAAUCUAGACAAUGGACAUCUAGCCGAGGAAGAAUGCCGUGGAAGAAAAGAACCAAGAGCAGCUGCCCCCUUCCUUACAAAACAAAGAGAUCGAAAUAUUUCGAGAUACUGUAAACAGGAAAGUUAUGAUGCACUGCUCAAGUGCCUUACCGUAGAUAAGCGUUUCGAGAACAACAGACCAGCAGUUGCUUGUAUUGUUUAUAAAGCACUUCUUCAUUGGAGAUCCUUUGAAGCAGAGAAGACACAUAUAUUUGAUAAAAUUAGUCACACCAUCCGAUCAUCUAUAGAGAGUCAAGAAGGAAUCAAUGAUCUAGCAUAUUGGCUUUCAACAACUUCAACACUUCUGUUCUAUCUGCAAUGCACACUCAAGGUCAGCAACACAACUAAGACGGUGUCGCGCAAUCGAAACUCCCCUGCCACUCUAUUUGGAAAAAUGGCACAGGGUUUACGUUCAUCUUCAUUGGGAAUUGGGAUUUCAAGUGGUUAUAGUGGAAUGGUGGACAAGCACAAUGACCAAUCUAAAGUGGAAGCCAAGUACCCAGCAAUUCUGUUUAAGCAACAUUUGACUGCAUAUGUUGAGAAGAUAUAUGGAAUGAUCCGUGACAGUUUAAAGAAGGAGAUCAGCCCAUUCUUGAAUUUGUGUAUUCAGGCACCAAGAGCCAUAAGAACCAGAUCAAUAAGAGGGUCAUCCAGAAACAUCCAUUCGAAUAUACUUGCAAAACAACAGGCACUGCACAUGCACUGGAAAAGCAUUGUCAACAAGCUAGAUGAAAUCUUGGGUGUACUGUCUGAUAACUAUGUCCCUUCCAUGAUAACAGGGAAGAUAUUUAGUCAGGUUUUCUCAUUCAUGAAUGUCCAACUCUUUAAUAGUUUGUUGCUUCGUCGAGAGUGCUGCUCCUUUAGCAAUGGAGAAUAUUUGAAGGCAGGUUUGCAUGAGUUGGAACUGUGGUGCCUUAAAGCAACAGAUCAGUUUGCUGGGUCAUCUUGGCAUGAACUCAAACAAAUACGCCAAGCUGUCGGAUUUCUGGUCUUGCAUCAAAAGGCUCACAAAUCUUUGGAAGAGAUCACCAAUGAACUCUGCCCGGUGUUAAGUAUUCCACAAAUAUAUCGUAUUGGAACUAUGUUCUGGGAUGACAAGUAUGGAUCUCAGGGAUUAUCUCCAGAAGUCAUAAGUAGAAUGAGAGUACUUAUGACAGAAGACUCGACAAGCAUGCCCAAUAACUCAUUCCUUCUUGAAGUGGACUCCAGCAUACCAUUCAUGAUGGAGGAGAUGUUCAGGUCUAUGAGUGACAUCAGACUAUCAGAUAUGGAAGUGGAUCCACCACCAAUCCUCAGGCAAAGGUCUGAUUUCCAAUUCUUGCUGCAACACAUUGAAAGCGAUUCUCAGUAACCUAGCAAAACUUUGGUGUUCAUACACAGUUAUACUUUUUGAUUUCUAUUUAUUUGAUUUGAGUUUGGUGUGAGGAGUGUAAAUUGAGUGAAGAGGUGAGGGAUUGUAAUUAUUUUUUUUUAAUCUAUUCCUUUUCAUUUGUUUUCUGGAAGUUCCCUAUUUUUUAUUUUU